AACCUAUCUGAAUUAUGGAAUGAAAAAUAUAAGUUUAGUUUUAUACUCAGGUUUUUUACUGCUCUAGUUGCAAACGGUUUCAAAAUCGCAAAGUCGUUUUUUGCGAUCUUUACGAUUCAUUAAAUUUACACAUUGCUACCAGUUAUUUUGUCAUAAUUUUAGAGAGAAAAUUUUAGCAUUGAUUCUAGAUGUAAAAAAAGCACACUUUUAAAAAAAAACGUGCUUUACUUAUCCCAUGCACAUAACAUAAAAAGCUUUAUUUUUAUUUCCUAUUAAUUGCGUAACAUUUUCUGUCUGUGAGAUCAAGCAUUUGAUAAACCCUCCAUUUCCAAAACAUAAUACUGUAGCCUAAAUCACUGCCAGAACUUAUGAUUACUUUAUGGUCUUGCCUCUACUUAUUAAACCUUAUCUUGCUUAUAAAUCGUGCAAUAAAAAUAUUCUUUAGUACAUUUACUAAAGCAAUUAUUGAAUUUUCGGGCGUGAUCUCGGAGCUUAAGACUUGACACAAUACUAAACAUUAGCUCUUUUAAUAACAUUUCUUUUUCUGAGCUUAUGAAACUAUCCAUGCUAUUGGCGACUCUAGUUAAAAUGGGAUUACAUAGGUUUUAUUUUAGUUUAAAUUUAAUUUAUUUGCUAUUGAUUUUUGUCUCCACCUUUAAGAACUAUGAUGCUCGAGUACCAGAUCUCUAUGAGAUGUAUGGUUUGAGUGAAUAUGAUUAUCCCGUUCUUUAUUAUUUUUUGUUGCCAGAAGAUGGGUUGCCGGAAGGUUACAGAAAAGUACCGUGUGAGUGCGAAGAUGAUGAAUCUGAAGAAAGAAGAAAACGUGUGGACUAUUUAAUAGAUCUGUAUAAUGAAUAUAUUGAAGAUGGAAAAUUGAAUGGAAGUUUAAUUCAUAGUGUUAAAAGCUCAGAAAUGGAUAGCACUAUACAUAACGUACCAGUAGUAAUCGAAUCAAGAAAAAACCCUAGCAACCGUUUGAAACGACCAGUUGAAAUUUUACCAAUAAAAACUCCAGGUAUGAAGAAAAUGAUUUUUAAUCGGCCAAUCGAAAUUGAGUCUUUAAAUUCUUCUGAAAGAUACAAACGACCCGUCAUAAUUCAUGAAUGUCCUCUUUCUUUCGACAUAAUUGAAGGUCUUCUGAAUGGUACUUAUAGAAUGGUACCAAUAAAAUCAUCUGGAACGAAGAAAUAUUUAUUUAAACGACCAGUCGAAAUUGAAAACAUACCAACCAAAGAUAAAUACGGGAAAACAGGGAAACGCCCGGUUGUAAUUCAUGAAAGUCCAUUCACUUUUGAAAUCAUCAAAAGUAUAUUGAAUGGUACUUAUAGAAUGCUAAACAACAAAACUUCUGGAGACAUGACUAAAUUUUUCGAACGCCCUAUUGAAAUCAUAAAAUCAGGAAAAAUGAAUAAACGGCCCUUUACAAUCCCUAAAAGUCCAUUAACAUUUGAGAUUCUCGAAAGUAUUUUGAAUGGUACUUAUAAGAUGGUAUCAAAUAUGACAAAUCAAAUGAUGAACUUUUUAUUUAAACGUCCUGUUGAAAUUGAACCAGGAAAAUAUGGGAAAAGACCGGUAAUAAUUCAUGAAGAUCAGCUAACUUUCGAAAUUCUUGAAAAACUGUUGUCCAAAUGUCCAAACUGUCCAUUCAAUACAACUUACGAGAUGAUGAAAACUUUAUUUAACCGCUCAGUAGAAAUUGAAUCACUGCCAGGAAAGUAUGGUAAACGACCUGUUAUAAUCCAUAAAAGCCCAUUAACGUUCGAAGUUCUUCAAGGUCUCUUAAAUGGAACAUAUAAAAUGAUAUUUGAUACUAGUGAUAUUAGCAUGGAGAAACCAGGAAAGCGACCUAUUGUAAUGAAUGAAGGUCCAUUUACUUUUGAAAUAAUUAAAAUGAUUUUAAAUGGUACUUAUCAAAGAUUAACAAAUGCAACAGCAGGAGAUAUGACUUCUCUUUAUAAACGUCCAUUUGAGAUUAUGAAGUAUAAUUCGUCAGGAAAAAUGAAUAAAACCCCUGUAUACACUCAAGAAAGUCCGUUAACAUUCGAAAUACUUGAAGGUCUUUUAAAUAGUACUUACAGAAUGGUACCAAAUAUGACUUCUGAAAUGAUGGACUUCAUAUUCAAUCAUCCCAUUGAAAUUGAACCAGGAAAGUACGUAAGACCUGGCAUUGUUUACAAAGACCCUUUGACUUUUAAAGUUCUUGAAAGCUUUAACAUCUGUCCAGACUGUCUAUUCAAUACUACUUCUGGAGUUAUGGAAAUCCUAAAUAUUUGUCCGAACUGUCUUUUCAAUUCAACUUCCGAAAUGAUGAAUACGAUCUACAAUCGGGCGAUUGAAAUUGAAUCAUCAUCAGAAAAAUAUGGCAAGAGGCCUGUUGUAAUACAUAAAAGCCCGUUAACGUUUGAGGUAAUUCAAGGUCUCUUAAAUGGAACAUAUAGAAUGAUAUUUAGCACUAAAGAUAUUAGGUAUGAAAAACCAAGAAAACGGCCGGUUGACAUUCGUAAAAAUCCAUUCACUUUUGAAAUAAUUAAAAUGGUAUUAAAUGGUACCUAUCAAUUACCAUCAGAUACAGAAUCAGAAAUAAUUGAAUUGAUAUUAAAUGGGACUUAUCGAAUGCAAACCGACAUUACAUUAGAUAGGUUUGACCCAACAGGAAAACAGCCGGUUGUAAUUCCGGAAAAUCCAUUAACAUUUGAAAUAAUUAAACUGAUAUUAAAUGGUACUUAUCAAAUGAUAACAAACGCAACAUCAGAGGAUAUGACUUUACUUUUCAAACGUCCCAUUGAGAUUUCGAAGCUAAAUUCAUCAGGAGAAAUAACUAAACAACCCGUUAUAAUUCACGAAAGUCCAUUAACAUUUGAAAUACUUGAAGGCCUUUUGAAUGGUACUUAUAGAAUUGUGACAAACAAAACGGCAGAAGUUAUGAGUGUUCUGUUUAAACGGCCCAUAGAAAUCGAUCCAGGAAUGUAUGGAAAACGACCUAUUAUAAUUCGUAAAGAUCCUUCAACUUUUGAAAUUCUUCAAAGUCUAAACAUUUGUCCCAACUGUCUGUUCAAUACAACGUCUGAUUUUCUUCAAAGUGUGAACAUCUGCCCUAACUGUCUACCAAAUGCAUCUUCCGAUUUUCUUCAAAGUUUGAAAAUUUGUCCUAACUGUCAAUCGAAUACAACUUCCGGAAGAUUUGGUAAACGACCUGUUGUAAUCCAUAAAAGUCCAUUAACGCUUGAAGUGCUUCAAGGUCUCUUAAAUGGAACGUAUGUAAUGAUAUUUAAUACAAAUGAAAUCAAGAUCAAUACCAUGAAAGAGCAAUUGCUGGCGAAUAUUACCAAAGCAAUGAACCUUCAAAUAGAAGAAUUAAAUAAUCUAACAAGGACGGGAACAGAUAUUGAUCGAUUACUUGCAAUUAUAUCUAAAGCAAAAGGUAAAAAGAAGACAGAAGAAUGGCUAGCCUUCUUUUUAAAAGCAAUGCAACUACAAAAUGAAGAUACAAAAAUUCAAAUCAAUAAUGACGAAGAAAGAGAAAAACUAUUUGUCAAUAUAACUCAAGGCAAGUAUUUAUUCAUGCAUUCAAAUUUUUUUUAAAUACUCAAAU